AUGAUUGAAAUUACCCUUUUUUUUUUUUACAUUUUAUGUAGGCUCACACCGGCAAAACAACUCUUGAAAAUACCUUGGCACUGCACAAAUGUGCCACAUGCUAAAUCACUUAGCACAUUUAAGAACUUGAACAUUUACACGCACUUAUAUAGUUCUACGAUGGACAUCGACGUUAGUAAGGAAAAUAUUCAACCAUUAAGAGGUGGUAGAAACCUUGUACAGCUCGGUACAGCAUUGCAAGCUCAAUCGGAUGUGGAGGCCCAGAGGCAGCUGCAGACGCAGAAAGAGGAACAUGAAGCAGCUAUUAGGCACUACCAGGGCACUGAUCCUCUGGAUCCUUGGUUCAGUUACAUCCAAUGGGUUGAGCAAUCUUAUCCUAAACACGGACACGAAGGUCAUAUUGACAAGUUAAUAAAAGACUGCUUACAGUUGUUUGAAAAUGAGAAAAAAUAUUAUCAAGAUAGAAGAUUUGUAAAAUUAUGGAUUAAAUAUGUUGAUUGCUUAUCUAACCCACUGGAAAUAUACCAGAGGUUGUAUAGCACAGGUAUUGGUGUAGAAUGUUCAGAGUUCUAUCGUGCCUGGGCAUGUUACUGUGAGGAGUCUGGUGACUAUAAAAGAGCAAAUCAGGUCUACAUGUUAGGUCUUCAAGCUAAGGCCCAACCUCUAGAUGAAUUGGAGCAGGCUCACAUGAACUUCCAAUUAUUUUUUGCUCAAAGAAUGCUACAUGAUGACUCACCAACCAAAAGAAAAGCAGCUUCUGCAUUAGCUGAAACAAGAAUGGCUUUGACAUCAUUGAAAUCAUUUAAAAGACGGAACAUAGCCAAUGUACCAAUACAGAGAGUUGGUGAUAGUAUCAGGAGUACUAUCCCUGGUGUGGUGAGGCAACAGCAACAGACAGGCAACUUUGAUAACAGGUUGCCAAAUUCCAAUGUUAUGGUCAAUGUGUAUGAGGAUGCUCCAUCGACGUCUCAAGCAGCUAUCCCUGUCGGAGAAGAUCCAGGUCCUGCUUCUUUAGUUCAAGCUUGCAGUAAUGUAGAAAAUCAAAAAGAAGUUGGUAUUUGGACUAAUCCAAAGACCAAAAUGGUGCACUCAAACGUCGUCCCACACCAGCCUCUACCAUUCACGCCCUAUGAAGAUCAAGACGACAAUUUAAGACUUCCACCGAACCAUUUGCCUUAUUGUUUGGAUGACUUGUCAUUCACUGUGACUCUAUGUGUACCUGAUCCUCCGGACCCAACUAAAAUACCUUGUUAUAACAAAACUCAGGUCUAUGUUAAUGAACAAGAAUACAGUUUAGAAGAAAUAAGAUCUAGAAAUUACAAUUUAAAGAAAAAAGUGAAGACUGAACCUAUCGAAAAUAUUCAAAUGCCUCAAAACUAUCAGAAUAUUAAUGAAACACUCGCCCAAUGCAGUGCUUUAGAGACUUUAGCGAAUUGUGCUUUAGACUCGGAACAAGAUCAUUUAGGACAAUUGAUGCCUCUGGCUAUUCCUACACUACAAAAUAUUACAAAGGUGAAUAAUAUGCAUUCGCCUGGUGAACCUAAAGUCUUAGUAAACCUGGAUUCGAAGGAAUUUAGCGAACUCUCUGCUAAAAAGAGUGAUGACAGCUACAAACCAUCGUCAACCAUGUCGGACAAAGAGAACCAAAUGGUGAACCCCGCAAACACUAGUUAUGGCAAUGAGAAUGCACCGACGAAUUACGGAAAGAAUAAUUUGAUGGAAGAAUUCAAUAGAAGCUUAAUGGGUAACCUUCUGGGUGAUUCUGUUACUGUCAACACUAAAGAAGCACGAUGGGAACUGAGAAAUCUCUUUAACGAUAAUGAGCCCUCCAUAGUGCAGCCAGUCGUGCAACAAUUUGAAGUUCCCAACUUCGACAUCCAUGAAGAUAGGUCCAUUACAAUGGCCAUCAAUACGAAAAAGAAGGGAGAAAUGACGGACAUGAGAAACUUGCCACAAGAGAAAGAGAAUGCUGGUAAAUUUUCAGCUCCUGUGGCAUCGGCAAAUCCUCAGCAAAAUGUGAACAAAACUGCUUAUUACGAAGAGCCAUCAUGUACUCAAGUAUUUAAUUUCAAUAUCAAGGAUGCAAGUACGCCUAAUAUGUCCCAAUUUAAGAAACCGACAUCCUGUAUUGAUCAAAGCAAAUUUCCAUCUGUGCCUAAAUUUAAUAUGGAUGAGAGUGGCAUAGAACAUCAUGACACUGGAAUGGCCAAAAGGGAAGAAAGUUCAAGGCAGCAUGCUACUGAUCAACAUGCUACUGUUGAUAAUCAUGGCACGGCGCUGUCGGUUAUAAUGGAAGCCACAAGAGAAUAUAACAGUAAAUCGGGCUCUAGUUCCUCCGGGCAAUCGACAAGGACAAAUUUUACUGCUUAUACUACAAAUUAUGACUCAAUCUAUAACAAUAAUGAUGCAGCACAACCAACAACAUCGAAAAGAAGCUCUUUAUCUUCACAACCAAGACUCUUAAAUGGGCAGUUUGCUAGAAUUCACCCUCAGAAGCGUGAGUUGGAAAAUAAAGCCGCUGCACCUUCCACCUCAGUGCCUUAUCUUUCGCAUGAUCAUCAGUAUCAGAAACCUAUGCCUCAGAAUUACAAUGGUUACUCUCCACAGAGGCAAAUGCAUCCUCACUACCAACAAAACUAUAACUACCAACAUCAGCAAAACUAUGCUAAUAAUCAAAUGAUGAAUCAGCAGCAGCAACAGGGCUAUGCUAGUCCAGGCUCUAACCCUUACCAUAGUCCUCAACACCCUGGCAUGCAAAGUCCACAUGCAAUAGGCACUAAUGUACCCCCAGGAUUCCAAAGUCCAACAUACAGUAACCCAGUGGGAUACCAUAGUCCUGGACACCCUAUGAUGAGUCCUCAGCAAAGUUAUGCUGGACGUCAAGAUUAUCACUAUCCCACUCAAACUGAUAGACAAUCCAUUCAUGUAAAUCAACAACAACAACAACAACAGCAGCACCAACAACAACAGCAACACCAACAACAACAGCAGCACCAACAACAACAGCAACACCAACAACAACAGCAGCACCAACAACAACAGCAGAACCAUCAACAACAACAGCAGCUCCACCAACAACAGCAGCAGCAGCACCACCAACAACAACAAGCUGUUUUUCAAAGUCCUCCUCAUCAAGCACAGUACCAAAGCCCUCAGUACUAUCAAAGGCCCAGCCCUGUACCUGCACAAUCCAAUCAAAGCUUUACUCCACAGCAGGGUUAUCAUAAUAUGCAUCAACAACCUCAGCAUCAAUACAACAGUUCAAAUAUGUUCCAACAAAAUAAUUCAUUGUCUAAUCAAUAUAGACCGCAACCGAAACAAAUGGGUGAAAAUCAUCAAGCUGGAUAUGGGGCUGGAAAUCCUUCAUUUCAGAUUUAUCAAAGUCCACAAUCUUCCCAGACCAACUACCGAAGCCCUGUGGCACCUUCUGCUAACAUUCCAUCUGAACUUAGCAGUGAGAUGCAUGUGAGACCAGAAUCUCAUGAAUCUGCUUCUGCUGAACAACAUGUUAAAUCUAACGGUACACCUAAAAAUUCACAAGCCCAUAAGAGUCCAACUAGUGCAUUAAGAAACAUACGACAUGACCAACCUAAUGUAAAACUUGGUCAGAACUCACCAGAUAUCGGUUUCUCAAACCAAUAUCUUAAUUUCAUCUCUAAUAGAAAUGAGCCCAAAGAUAAUGCUAACACUCCCAAGUUUACGAAUAGUCCAAGUAUAUCUCAAAAAAUGCACAAAAACCUGUAUGUGUCGAGUCCUGAACAGGCUCAAAUACCUCCAUCUUCUGGAAUGUCUGACUCCGAUAGUAAAGAUGGAAUGACAGCGCAAACUGGGACGCCUAUUCAGUCUGCGAAGGUAUCGCAUGUUAUUGAUAAACAAAAAGAUAUUUCAAAGAGGCAGUUAGACUUUGAACAUAGAGCGGAAUUCCAGUCUGAGGAUAGCAGAGACUCUGUUAGUAAAGACAGUAGAAUUUCGGCUGUGUAUUCGCGUCCCUCAGAUUUACACUCUGACGGCUAUGGUAUGGAUGUGGACAGUGAAAAUUCUAUGGAAUGCGGGGCGUUUAAAUCCACUCAUUCUAUUUCUUUAGUGGAAACCAGUGACAUCCCCAGACCGGCUGAUAUUGAUUUCCCGAAACUGAUAGAUCCUUUCAAUAAAAAACUCCUGCGUUCUUUGUUAGAUUACGUAAAAUUCCCAAAUAAAACGCACGCUGAUGGAUAUGUGGAAGUGAGAUCGGUUCCCAAGUUGCAAUUGGCUACAGUAAUAAGUGUAGGUCAUAAUAAAUUUUCUGUUGAUAAGCAACUUGGUAAAGGAAAUUAUGGUGCAGUGUUCCUUUGCUUGGAUCUACAUGGCAAUAAAUCUGUAGCUGUGAAAUAUCAGAAACCAAGUAGACCUUGGGAAUUCUAUAUUUGUCAAGAAAUAAAAGCAAGAAUAAAGGAUCCAUUCAUGCUUCCAGGAUAUAUGGACAUCACAACAGCUUUCUUAGGAGACAAUGCAAGUUUAUUUGUCUCAGAAUAUUCAAAAUAUGGGUCUCUCUUAGAUGUAGCAAAUAAAAUAAGGGCCGCGACUUCUAAAUGUAUUAAUGAGUUUAUUGUAAUCUUGCUCACUUCAGAAAUGUUAUCUAUAAUUCAUUAUCUACAUAAAGCGCAAAUAAUUCAUGCUGACAUUAAACCAGACAAUUUCUUGUUAAUGAAAAUACCUACUCAAGAAUGGAGAACUCCAUCCUUACAGUUGAUUGAUCUUGGUUGUGCCAUAGAUAUGUCCUUAUUCCCAGAAGGUACUACAUUUAGGGAGCUUAUCGCAACAGAAGGCUUCACAUGCACAGAGAUGAGAGAAGGCAAACCUUGGACUUAUCAAACUGACUUAUACUGUUUGGCUGGUACUAUUCAUGUAAUUUUGAUGGGUAGUUACAUGAAAGUAGUUAAUCGUUUAGGACAAUGGAAUAUUGACAAAAAGCUUCCUAGGUACAUGAAAGUCAGUUUAUGGGAUAAAAUAUUUACAACACUUCUGAACAUACCCGAUUGCAAUAAUUUGCCAGAUUUAAUGGAUCUAAAGAACGAAGUUGACAGUGUACUGAACGAAAUCGACAAUCUUGGCUUUCAACUCCGUAACUUUGCUAAUGUGCUUAAAUCUAGGUAA